CCGCCCGACAGGCUCCGUCCGGGGCUGUGCCGGGGACCAUUUGAAGCGCACCCUUUUCUGUUACUGGAUUCACGUGACAGGGCUGCGGGUUGUGCACAGAAGGACGACGUGAGCUCCUCGAGAAGACCCGUGGACUGACAAUAACAGGAGGAUGCUUAGCUCGGUAACGGAUACCGACUCGAUGUAAACACGCCAUUUAAUGUCGGUUAAUCAAAAUGGCGUCCCGAACAGCAGCAGCAGCUAUGGGCUGUUUAACAUGGAGGAGUUUCACCCCUGUCACCCUCCAUGCUCCUCUUCGACCACACAGCUUAUCGGCAGUGAGCAGUCGCUUCUGCAGCUCCAAACAGGCAACCCAGCAGGACAAGAUAGCACAGAAGUCUACCUUCAGACCAGCAGCCAGCUCCACACACGACUGGGUCGGUCCACCAAACCCUCUGUCAAACCUGCCGUUGAUCAUUUACCACGUGCCUGAGAACGAAUCAGAGCUGGAGAAACGGCUGAGACACCUGAGGCAGGAGACGGAGGACUGGAACCACGACUUCUGGACUAAGCAGAACCUCUCAUUCAGCAAGGAAAAGGAUGCUUUCAUCAUCUCUCAGCUGGAGGCAAAAGGAUUGACUCUGCGUGACGAGCAAGGACGGUGCCGCUCUCUCAACAGUGAAGAAAUGGCAGUGUUUUACAAAAGCUUCCUGGACAAAAACAGAAUACGACAUGCAAAUUACAACAAGGAAUGGUACAGAAGAAACCUCACCAUAACGUUGCUCAUGGCCCGAGUUGCCCUGAACAAAAUGUGGAGGACUGUCACUAAUCGACAAAACAGCAGGAAAAACAGCACUCCUACCACCUGAGAGUAAACUAUAUUUACCCACUCCUCUGUCAAGUGUUGAAUUUGUUUUAGUGCAUUUUACUCUUAUUUGCGUGUAUUUUUGUAUUACCAUCUCUUUAAGUCCUGAUUUGUGGUUGAUUUUAAUUAAAUCUUAAGUGACUUGGAGACGGACAA